AUGAAAAUUGGGUUUGAACUCGACUGUGGGUACAUAGAUCACGGAAAAUGUGUGGAUGUCGGCUGUGGGUAUAGAGACCCCGGGAAAUGUGUAGAUGUCGACUGUGGGAACAGAGACUACGGGACAUGUGUAGAUGUUCACUGUGGAGACCACGGGAAAUGUGUAGAUGUCGACUGUGGGAACAGUGACUACGAGAAAAGUGUAGAUGUCGACUGUGGGUACAGAGACCACGGGAAAUGUGUAGAUGUCAACUGUGGGAACAGUGACUACGAGAAAAGUGUAGAUGUCGACUGUGGGUACAGAGACCACGGGAAAUGUGUGGAUGUCGGCUGUGGAGACCACGAGAAAUGUGUAGAUGUCGACUGUGGGAACAGUGACUACGAGAAAUGUGUGGAUGUCGACUGUGGGUACAUAGACCACGGGAAAUGUGUAGAUGUCGACUGUGGGUACAUAGACCACGGGAAAUGUGUGGAUGUCGGCUGUGGAGACCACGGGAAAUGUGUAGAUGUCUACUGUGGAUACAGACAACACGGGAAAUGUAUAGAAGUCGGCUGUGGGUCCAGAGACCACGGGAAUAGUGUAAAUGUCGACUGUAGGUACAAAGACCAAGGGAAAUGUGCAGAUAUCGAAUGUGGGUACAGACACCACGGGAAAUGUGUAGAUGUCGACUGUGGGUACAUAGACCACGUGAAAUGUGUAGAUGUCGACUGUGGAAACAAAGACUACGGGAAAUGUGUAGAUGUCGACUGUGGGUAUAGAGACCACGGGAAAUGUGUGAAUGUCGGCUGUGGGUACAGAGACCCCGGGAAAUGUGUAGAUGUCGACUGUGGAGUCCACGGGAAAUGUGCAGAUGUGGACUGUGGGAUCAAAGACCACGGGAAAUAUGUAGAUGUCGAAUGUGGGUACAGAGACCACGAGAAAUGUAUAAAAGUCGGCUGUGGGUACAGAGACCAGGGGAAUUGUGUAAAUGUCGACUGUAGGUACAAAGACCCCGGGAAAUGUGUAGAAUUCGACUGUAGGUACAAAUACCACGGGAAAUGUGUAGAUGUCGACUGUAGAUACAUAGACCACGGGAAUUGUGUAGAUGUCGACUGUGGGAACAGAGACUACGGGAAAUGUGUAGAUGUCGACUGUGGGUACAUAGAUCACAGGAAAUGUGUGGAUGUCGGCUCUGGGUACAUAGAUCACGGGAAAUGUGUGGAUGUCUGCUGUGGGUAUAGAGACCCAGUGAAAUGUGUAGAUGUCGACUGUGGGAACAGAGACCCCGGGAAAUGUGUAGAUGUCGACUGUGGGAACAGAGACUACGGGAAAUCUGUAGAUGUUCACUGUGGUUACAUAGACCACGGGACAUGUGUAGAUGUUCACUGUGGGUACAGAGACCCCGAGAAACGUUAA